AUGCCUCCUCGAAUCCCUCGAACACACCUGCGGUCCGUUGGGCAUCAGAAUGCCCUGCUGCAGAAGAAGCCUCACCCCGAGAGGCAAUCCGUCUGUCUCUUUUGCUCGCUCUCGCCACAACCCAGUCUUCGACCCGCGCGGCAUGCGAACCGGAGAGGAGCGCCUCCUGCUCGCAGGCUCGAAUCGACCGUCGCAACUUCGGACGACGCCGCCUUCCCGAACACUCGCAAAGACCUCGAACACGUCCUCAUUGAACUACAGAAACACGCUGCCAACUACGUGAACCUUUCUCGACUGCAGCUGGCUCUCAGUGGCUUGCGACAAACCCCCGGUAACGAAUCUAUACGGGUUGCGAUACUAGCUCUUGCAAAUGAGUCCGAGUCUAACAAGACGGCGAAAGAAGUUCUGAAGCUUCUGUUGGCAGACCCAUUGAAAGCCGCGGAACAAUGGGAGCAGGAGGUCGACCAACACAACUUGUCACAGCCCAUGAUAGUACGGGUUGGAGCCACAGAACGCCAAGAGGAUGGGUCCAUCUCCGUCGCGAAAAACAGCCUGUUGCACGAGGUCAAUGUCUCGUCCGCGACACUGAACGGCUACAGUCUCGAGCUCCUCUUCUUGGAGACGAAUCCUUUCGCCACGGCACAAGAAGUCGGCGCCAUGGAAGGCUUCGAGGAGUCUGUACUGGUCCCUACUGUGGAUAUCCCAAUUUCCAGUACUGGGAGGUACAGUCCUAUCACAACUCCGGUCCACAAGGCCCUGAUUGUGGCGGAUGGCAUAUUGGGUGCCGCAUCUGUUGUAUCCAUGCCUACGUUCGAAAGCCAAAACGUCAUCUCAGCCGCUGUUAAUCUGCCCGAUUACAAGCCGGUUGACACGGCAUCCCUACCAUUUACCCCUAUUGAUGUCGGAACCGCCAAUACUGGACUGGGACUGGUGCGAAAUAACCUCCGUGAUGCUAUCGAGUACGAGCAUCUCUGGUUUCAGAGCAAUCUCCCGAAGCUGGUGGAGUGGCUGAAGGCUGAUAUUUUCACUACGCCUGACAACACCACCAAACCGCCUGUCAAGGAGCUUAUCGCCUCCUUGCUGAGAAACACGUCGGCUGCCAUUCAGGUCGAAGAAGCUCGGAAACUCGGCGCUUCACUAUCUUCCUCUACCAAACCCGCGCCUGUCAGCACACUCCGGAGUAGUCUUGAGAGUUGGGCCGAGAGCGCUCAUUCUGAAUUACAGGAGCAACUUGACGCCGCAUUCGCUAGCAAGAGAUGGCGAAAGCUUGGGUGGUGGAAACUUUUUUGGCGAGUGGAUGAUGUCGGGAUGCUUACGAGCGACAUCCUAAACCAGCGAUUCCUGCCAGGGGCUGAUAGAAGCGCUAUCUUCCUCGCAGGAAGAAUGAAAGAGGCUGGCGUACCUCUGGCUCCGAUGUCAAUCCCUUCGGAGCAUGCGGCCUCAGUACCUCCUAGUAGUGAUGUGGGAUCCGCAACAUCCAACUCACCAUCGACAGCGGCAGCUAGCUGGCCUAUGAAUAUCCCCGCCACUCGACACUACCUUCAGACAGAGACGAUCCCUGCUUUGCAGGCACUCGCCCAGAAGCUCGUCGUCCAGACAUUGACAACAUCAGGUCUGACGACCGCACUCGGCACCCUCGUAUACGUUGGUACAUUGACCACAACGCUCUACGAAGCAGGUGCCGUUGCUGCACUGGGUAUCGUGUGGAGCAUGAGACGCAUGCAGAAGCGCUGGGAGGCGGCGCGCGAGUUCUGGGAGGGCGAAGUAAGAGAAGAGGGCCGCAAGGCUGUCAGGGGUGUCGAAGGUGUGGUCGGCAACUCCUUGUCACAAGCGCAGGCUGUCCAGGAGGCGAGAGGGAAGUCUGAGGGACAGGCUGGUCUGGAGAAGGCGAAAGACCUGGUCCAGAAGGCUCAGGAGCUGUUGCUAAAGCUGAAGUGA